AUGACGCGUAAGCUUAGCGAAGACGAAACCUUAAAAUUGGUGCAAUUAUAUGGCGAAAACGAGUGCCUUUGGGAUAUUAAAUCCCUAAAUUACCGCAAUAAAGAAAUGCGGUCAACAGCGUUGCAAAAUAUGGCUCAACAAAUGCAAAUCGGAGGGCUCACUUCGACUGAAGUAAAAAAUAAAAUUAAAGCCAUAAGGGCUACAUAUUAUUUAGAGCUCGACAAGAUACAAAAAUCCACCAGAUCUGGCGCUGGAGGGAACGUAUAUGUCCCAAAAGUCAAGCGGUUUCAAGAACUGGACGGCUUUAUAAAAAAUGCUAUUGUAAAAAGGAAAACAAUGGAUAACUCAGGAACCAGCAACGAUGACGUUGAGUUGGGUGAAGCUGAGGGUGUUGGUGAUGGAGCUGAAAAUGUAUCAAGAUCUACUGAAAAUAAUGAUAAUUCUACUGAAACGCCAACUCAAGCCAUCCAGACGCCAGUUCGAAAUUCUGUGACAGCUCCCAAUCAAUCUGGGCAUCCGCGAUCAAAACGCUCCAAAAUAUCUCAGAUGGCCGCCAUGAUAAAGGACUUAAAAAGUGUUUCAAAUGAUGUUAAUAUGUCACCAUUUGAAGAAGAUUCUGACGCUGAUAUUUUCGGUAAACAUGUGGCAGCUCAACUAAAAAAACUGUCUGAAGAACAAUCUGUUAUUGCACAAGAAGAGAUCCAAAAAAUAUUAUCCAAAGCUAGAUUGGCUGAUAUACAACAAAAGAAUUAUAGCGAGAACUCGUCAAAAUCUGAGCGCUGCUUCUGUAACUUUAUGAGGAUGCGCUAA